CAUUGUGGUCAAUAAAUGAUGAAGAAAUCUGAAAAAAUAUGUAAAUAAUUAUAGAAAUAUUUUUAAUGCAUUUAUCUCAAAAUGUUCAUAAAAGUUUUAACCAUAAACACUUGACAUUGGCCAUAUCCGAUGAGGGAGAGCCAUAAACAAGAAACAGAACAGAACAUAAAAGUUUUAUUCGCUAUCUGUAAAUCUUCACUUAGUAAAUCGUCAAUAAUUAUAUUUCCAGAAAUAGCUUAUCUCUCCGUUUUAUUCUUGUUCGUAAAUAUUUCUAAAUAAAUUUCAAUAGACCAUUUGCAAAGGUUAAGUGCAACAUAUCAACUAUACAGAGAUCUAAUUAGUAUUAUUUCUUGCUUAUACAAGACUGUAAGAAGUAAACAACUGCCAACAUUUGUAUGUUAUCGAUAAAUGUAUCUUUCAAUACAGAAUCGGCAAUGCUUCGUCGAUCCAAAUGCGCUGCAUAUCUCUGCUGAUGCUGCCCAUGUACUGCGGGAAGGCAGGUCGCGGCGUGCUCAAAGCUGUCGUACUCACAUACGUUAUAGCAGGUCCUAUUACGAACAUGGGUUACAACGCCAAGGAGGUUGUCCGCGUGUUCGCUUGCAGCGCCCAACUCUCCUACAACCUGUCCGUGCUAAGAUACAAGCUGAUGGCGAGUCCGAUAAAGAAAGCAAUACUUACCUCUAGUUCGCAGAUUAAUGUAUUCAAGGACACAUUUAGGUCCAUCGAUGAAAUAAUAACACCAAUAGAGAACGAAAUAGAAGGAACAGAAGAAUUGGUACAGAUAAUGCGACGUAAUAUUGUUGACGAUGUUGUUGAUAAAAAGUAUCUUACAGGGAAAAUCGAGGAAAAUUAUAGAGAUGCGAGUGAAAGUUUUCUACUACAAGAUAAAUAUCUCAAUAAACUAUCUUGCCGGUGUAAAGAGCUGAUAUCCCGCGGGAUAAGUAAAUGCGGGAAAAUGUUUGUCACCGCUUUCGAGGAUUGCUAUUCCGCAGCGCGCGCGCAUUUCGAUCACAGCGUGUGUUGGCCUCUGAACACACAGUCCGCCUGUGAUCUGAGACGAUUUCUUAAUGGAAGUCAGCUUUGCGAUGCUAUUGAUCAGAUCGAUCCUGGUCUAGGCGAGGGUUAUUUAUAUCUAAAGAAAGUUCAAAAAAGAUUGACAGAUAACCUAAAAGAUGUAAGAUUGCAAUACAAAGUAACGUAUGAAAGAGAACUCUAUGAUGUUCAGGACGCAAAAGAGACAGGUAAACGUGUGAUGCACGAGUUUGAACAGCGCGGUGGCAGUAUGCAGUGCGUGCUGAGCGUGGUUAACGUCUGCCUGGCUCUCAUCCUGCUGCGGAUAGUGCUGGCCGCGCAGGCGCACCACGACAGAUACCUUACAAACAUCACAUACGAUAAUAUCUACAUCACCUCCUACUUCAAGAGAAUCGAUAAGAGACGGAAAUUAAAGAAUAAAUGUUCAUUGCUUCCGUUGAAGAAGAUGGAACGUAACAAGUACGUAGAUGUGCAUUCAUUGGAGUACAAGUCGUCGCAGCGCAGUCAGCUGGUGACACCAAUCCAUAAAGUGCUGUUGGAGGUGGUCACAGCGACUACCUUCGUCAUGCUUGAUAGACUCUUCUAUGAGGCGCUCGAUGUGGUGCGACAGCAUGCGGAUGUUGGCGUCGCGCAGCAGGGCACCAGGGAUUUGGAAAUCGAAGUGGAGGGCAAAGGUACAGUCGCGACAAUGAUGCGAAACAUUCUUAGUCGAUUGAACGAGACACGCCACGUGCAUGUAUCCAACGAGCUGUGUCUCCCCCAUCCUCGCGCUAUGCCCACCAUAUACUUCAUCAAGAUAUACUGCGGAUAUCUCUGGAUACUUCUACUGCUAUAUUUGAACCCUUACACGCUGCGUUUGAACAGGUUGAUAUGCAGUUACUUUUACCCUAAGAGGGAGAAGCAGCGCAUACUUCACUUGUACAACGACAUUCUCAAGAAACGUAUGAAGAUGCAAAAGACACUGCGGAGGAAAGCGCUUCAAGCGGUGCGCGCACAGUACCUCUCCGGAGAAAACUUACGCAGUUUGAGAAUGAGGUUCCCACAACUGCUCGGUUGGCUGUCAGUGUUCCCAGCUGCAAGAAUGACUUGCCUAAUAUGUGGAGAAACUGAACCUAGAUGUAUUUCAUCAUCGUGUACAUGGCAUCGUUGCAUGUCAGCGUCGUGCGGGUUCUCGUGGUGCGACGAGUGCUGGCGCGCGGGCGGCGGCCGCUGCCUCGCCUGCGACCCGCUCACCCGGCUCAGCGACCUCGACUCACUUAGUGAAGAUCAACUCGAAUACUAAUCUUGUACUAUCGUUACUUACAUUUUUAUCAUUUUAUAUGACAAAUUAGAAAAGCUCACGGACUACUCAGUGU